AAUUUUUAUUUUUGCAUCGGGGCGAGUAUUUAGAUAACUCAUUGAAUUUCAAGAUUUUUGAGUAGUUCAGCUGAAGUUAAAAACAACACUUACUAAUAACCUUUAUUUCAUUGCCCAAAAUGGUGCUGCAAAAGUUUCUGUUGAAUUAUGGAAGGUGCAAAUUUGCUACACAGCAUUUAACAAAUCAAAUUGGGUUGGGCUAAAAGUAGUAACUGUCGGCACAAGACAGCAAAGAGACCUGCGUCGAAAACUAUUUGAGUGGUCAAUUUAGCCUUUUUCCAGCUAAAAAAAAGUCUAGACAUGACACGGACAUGCAAGUAGGAGUGACCCGGGCUGCAACGACAGCACAACGCACAUGAAAAUAUUCUCGUCGUAUAAGUGCUCAAUUGAGAACCGUCGAUCGUCUAUAUAGCGAGCUACCUACAGCCACACACACGUGAAGGUGGCCGUUUGUCCCGACAAAAAUAUGUACUCGUUUUUAGUUGCGCCCAAUUGCUAUCAUUCGAACCAUAUUCGACAUUAGCAUUUAGUGACCAACAGCUUAUCAGAUUUGUGUGAUAUUUCAUUUAUAUAGUGUACAUUAGGCACUGAUCUAUUUUAUGCUGGAAAAGCUCAUGCGACAGUUUCAUGAUCUAUAGCCAACGAAUAAAUUUUAGCAAUAUAAAAAGGGGAGGACAAUUUGACACAGCAUACAAUCGUUUACCGCAACUCACAGAGAACAGUCACAUCAUGGCUCUUAAAAUUGCAGUUUUGGCUACCGUCAUCGCCGCGGCUCACGCAAUUGCCGUGGGAUAUCCGGCUCCGGCCUAUCCUGCCUAUCGGCCAGCUUUGGGUGCUUACCCUGCUGUGGCUAAGGUAGCUGCCCCCUAUGUUGGUGAUUACGACCCAAACCCUCAGUACAGCUACAGUUAUGCUGUUGCGGAUGCCGUUACCGGAGACAACAAGAGCCAACAGGAAUCUCGCUCCGGAGAUGUCGUGACCGGAUCCUACUCCCUGAUUGAGCCGGACGGCACCCAGCGCGUCGUUGAGUACACCGCUGAUCCCGUCAAUGGAUUCAACGCUGUCGUCCACCGUCAGCCACUCGGCGCCAAGGUUAUUGCCCCAGUAGCCAAGAUUGCUGCUCCACUGGCUUACCCAAGACUUGCGGGUCCUCAUCCGCUGUACGGUUAAAUAUUUGCCCAACGAAGAAAAAAAGCCACAGAAUAGCAGUUUCUCCCUUAGUUCAAAUCCUCUGUUUGCAAUGCUCAAAAUAAAUCGAAUCGUUACCCCUAACCUAAUUGUC